UCUGUGUUAAUGUCAAUUGUCUUUUAUUUACGUGACGUGUACUUGCGGCAUUACGAAUUUCUAUUCAAUUGUUGUCAAAGGAAUAAAGAAAUAAUAAUGAUUACUGACGUCCAGCUGGCUGUGUUUUCGAACAUUCUGGGUGUUUCGAUUUUCUUACUGGUCAUACUUUAUCACUACAUCAACGCAAACAGUUCAAAAUAAAUAUGGUGCAAUUCCAGAAGAACUUACUUAUUUUGGGUUAUAAAUAAUGUACAACUUCUGCUAAGUGUAUAAUAAAUUAAGAUGUUAAUAAAUUAAGAUAAACCUAA